AUGGCACGACAUCUUCAGAUGAACACAUGGCAGAACUCAGCCUUCAACCUCGAGAACAUCCGCAACGGCCGAUGGUUGGUGGGUUCUUGCGGGCGGGGAGUCAGCCCAUACUGGCAAGCAGUGGAAACUGUUACCCCGGCCAAACAGCUUUUGUUCAUGGAACGCGUGCUUUUUGCUUUCAAUGUUCGAAAGAAACAAGUACGGCAGCUCAGCACAGCCCGGGCUACAUCAGAACAGUGGGAGCUGAUGCUUGAAUCCUCCUGCCUUCUGCACCAGCUGCUCGAAGACAUGAAGGCCGCCAAGGAUGCCGCCGGGGCAGCUCUCUUCGCCGACGCCGACGUCGCAAAGGCCAGGCAGCGGGACCACUUGAAGAAGGAGGCAGCUGGCUCGGCUUUCGGCGGGGGCACCUGCGCAGUGCAUGGGCCCAACGAGGCGAUUAAGGCCCUGGACAUGCAAUCUGUUCAGAAAGCCUACGAGGCUGACCUGCUCAAGCUGGCGGAGGACUGCUCGCGAUUCUCAGAGUACUUGGCGAAAAUUACAACGAGCAAGCGACAGCUUGCAAUUGCAAGGGUCCUCAAGCUGAAGUCCGAAAACCGACGCGGGGCCACGCUUGUUGUUGAUUGGAUGCAACGGAACGCCAAGUUUGCCGCAAACGAUUAUGUGGAAGAGCACAUGAACAUAAUCGAGGCUUGGCUGGGCGGUGUGUCGCCAACGGCAAUCUUGGUUUGGGCUGAUCUGACCAAAAGUGGCACCUUGCAAGCUGACUUUCUGGAUGACAUCACCGAGGCGGCAGGCUUCAUCAUAGCCCCAACGAUGGUUUCUUCGAAGGUCGUUGCUGGCAAGAGAGGGGAGCUGAGGCGUGUGGAGGACAAGUUGGACAACCGGAGCCUCACCAGUGUCCGGGUGAACAUCAGAAUGGAGCCGGGCCACGGCAAUAGACGGCUUCCUUUGAUUUUUCCUGCCUAUGUGGCUGUGAAUGAUGCCUCCACCUCGAACAUCUUCGGGUCUUCCAAAAU